GUCCCCGGGUUCCCUCCUUCCUGCCAGGCUGGCCCGAGGCUGUGCUGCGCCGUGCGGAGGCCCUCCCGCGGGAGGCGCGGGCGUGGAGGGCGUGGGCCGUGGGCGGGGCGAACCCCGCAGCCCGGGUGCUGGGAGCUGUCAGUGUCAGGCUCAGGAGAGAGGAAGUGAUCGCUCCGGGAGGAGCGCUAGCCUAGCGGCGCAGCGUGAGACAGCACAUCCUGCUGGCGCGGGCCCGCUGCUCUCCGUCCUCCCGCGCCUCCUCCACGACCCCCCAGUGAACCUCCGCGGAUAGCAUCCAGGAAGCAAAGAUGUCUGACAAGAGCGACCUAAAAGCUGAGCUGGAGCGCAAAAAGCAGCGCUUAGCGCAGAUAAGAGAGGAGAAGAAGCGGAAGGAAGAGGAGAGGAAAAAGAAAGAGGCUGAUAUGCAGCAGAAGAAAGAGCCUGUUCAAGAUGACUCUGAUCUGGAUCGCAAACGACGAGAGACAGAAGCUUUGCUUCAGAGUAUUGGGAUAUCACCGGAGCCCCCUCUAGUCCCAACCCCUAUGUCUCCCUCUUCGAAAUCAGUGAGCACUCCCAGUGAAGCUGGAAGCCAAGACUCGGGCGAUCUGGGGCCAUUAACAAGGAGACGACUGCACAAGCUGGGCGUGUCAAAGGUGACCCAGGUGGAUUUCCUGCCUAGGGAAGUAGUAUCCUACUCCAAGGAGACACAAACUCCUCUUGCAACUCAUCAGUCUGAAGAGGAUGAGGAAGAUGAAGAGAUGGUAGAACCCAAAAUUGGUCAUGAUUCUGAACUGGAAAAUCAAGACAAAAAGCAGGAGACAAAGGAAGCCCCACCAAGAGAGCUGACAGAGGAAGAAAAACAGCAGAUCCUGCACUCAGAGGAAUUCCUCAUCUUCUUCGACCGAACAAUCCGAGUGAUUGAAAGAGCUCUAGCUGAGGACUCUGACAUCUUUUUUGACUACAGCGGCCGAGAGCUGGAGGAGAAAGAUGGGGAUGUACAGGCUGGAGCCAACCUUUCUUUCAACCGUCAGUUCUACGAUGAGCAUUGGUCCAAGCAUCGGGUGGUCACUUGUAUGGACUGGUCUCUCCAGUACCCUGAGCUGAUGGUUGCUUCUUAUAGCAACAACGAAGACGCUCCCCAUGAACCAGAUGGAGUGGCCUUGGUUUGGAACAUGAAGUUUAAGAAAACCACACCAGAAUAUGUCUUCCACUGUCAGUCUUCUGUGAUGUCAGUCUGCUUUGCCCGUUUUCAUCCUAAUUUGGUGGUUGGUGGCACCUACUCGGGCCAGAUUGUACUCUGGGACAAUCGGAGUCAUCGAAGAACCCCUGUUCAGAGGACCCCCUUGUCGGCUGCUGCACAUACACAUCCUGUGUACUGUGUCAAUGUUGUUGGGACCCAGAAUGCUCACAACCUGAUCACUGUCUCUACCGAUGGCAAAAUGUGUUCCUGGAGCCUGGACAUGCUCUCAACUCCACAGGAGAGCAUGGAGCUGGUGUACAAUAAAUCCAAGCCCGUGGCUGUUACAGGAAUGGCUUUCCCGACGGGAGACGUCAACAACUUCGUGGUCGGCAGCGAGGAGGGUACGGUCUACACAGCUUGUCGUCAUGGAAGCAAAGCAGGCAUCGGUGAGGUCUUUGAAGGUCACCAAGGGCCAGUGACAGGCAUUAACUGCCACAUGGCAGUGGGUCCCAUCGACUUUUCUCAUCUGUUUGUCACGUCAUCGUUUGACUGGACUGUCAAACUGUGGACCACCAAGCACAACAAGCCGCUCUACUCCUUUGAAGACAAUGCAGACUAUGUGUACGAUGUCAUGUGGUCCCCCGUGCAUCCCGCGCUCUUUGCCUGCGUGGACGGGAUGGGGCGCUUGGACCUCUGGAACCUCAACAGUGACACCGAGGUACCAACAGCAAGUGUGGCCAUCGAGGGGGCAUCUGCCCUAAACCGGGUUCGUUGGGCACAAGGCGGCAAGGAAGUUGCCGUAGGGGACUCAGAAGGUCGCAUUUGGAUCUAUGAUGUUGGAGAGCUUGCGGUUCCCCACAAUGAUGAAUGGACACGAUUCGCCCGGACUCUGGUGGAGAUCCGCGCCAACAGGGCUGACAGCGAGGAGGAAGGUGCUGUUGAGUUAGCUGCCUAGGUGUGAGAUGAGUCUGCCCACCGUGGCGCCCAUCCUUCCACGCUAGAACCCAGUCUACAGUCAAGGCCCCCGUGCAGUGUUUGGUGUCCCUUCUGUAUCAGUAUCGCCGUGGCAUCUUGGGUGCCAUGUUGUGCAGUGUUUCCCUGUAUUCUCCACGUGUACCUACUCACCCGAAAUCUACCACAGCAUUUCUACCUUUGUGUCCCCGUCUCAAAAACAAAUGGGGGAGGGAACCCUUAGGGGUUUAGUUGUUGCCUUUUAACUACUUGGUAGCUGUAUUUAAUAGCUGGAAACCUCUGGUUGAAUUUGUGCUUACAUGUACUUCUGGCGUAGUCCUAUUAAAUCCAUAUGAAGCCAGAUAUGAUUGGGUGCAGAUGUGGCGUGCCUCAUGAUAUGGUACAGGGCCAAAGACUUGCGAUGUGGUGUUUUACAUGGUGAUUCACAUUAUGAAUGGAUUUACUACAAGAACAUUGCUGCUCCUUAUUUAUUGUAACGUGCUGCAUGGAACAUAUUUAUUUGAAAGCAUUAAAAUAAACGAUCUUAGAGCAUGAGA